AUGGACACGGUCGUAUUCCUAGCGUUGGCUGUUCUAGCAGCCGUUUUUAUAGUGUCACUUCUGGUAUUGCUAGUGAUGUGUCAACGGCGUCGAAUGCAGAUCAGGAGCUUCAAACUAGCGAGUGCCACUGCAGGGUUUUCCAAGCUACGUAAUGAGAAUCUUGAUGGUCACAUAAUGCAGCUCAGUCCUCUUAUUGGUUCUGGAAAGUUACUUCCUUUCGGAACGCAGGAUGAGCUAGUCGGAGCGGUUCCUAUGUCAAGCUUGAUUCCGAUUGGUACAUGGUACAAUAGUUGA